AUGAAUAAAACCAUUGGUCUAACAACUGAUGCUUAUUAACAAAAGAUAGUUGAAUGCUUCGAAGUGGUAUAAAAUCAAAUAGAAGUAAUAUUAAACAAUUAACUAGACUUCUUUCAACAAAAUCUACUCUUAUUUAGAUUCACUUCUUAAUAAUACUUCUGAUUUAUUAAAUAUCAAGACCUUUGAAAAUCAACCUUGUGCACCUAACUUUGACUUACCAAAAGCUAAAUUUGAGAAUACAAACUUUAGUUAAUAAUUAUGUUAAGAUGUAUAACCAUUAAUCAAACAUAAUCUUAGCAAUUAAAUAAUACUCAAAGAUUAAUCAUUAAAUGAGACAUAAACAAAUAAAGAGAUACAAUCACUCACUAAUAAAUCAAAUAUGAAACCAUUCAUUUAUCAACUAAUCUCACAAUAUUCAAUUAAAUAAUUUGAAUGGUGUUGUGCAAUAACUAUUAAUAAAGAUUGCACAACAUUAUUGGCUGGAUGUGAUAAACAAAUUAAAGUAUAUGAAUUCAAGUAAGGAAUGGCCAAACAAACUCAAAUUUUAAGUGAACAUAAGUCUCGUGUGUAUACUCUAAACUUCAUGAAGAAAUCAAAUUAGUUUAUAUCUGGGAGUUGUGAUAAAUCUAUUAUUAUAUGGUAAUAAAAUUAAAAUAAUUAAUGGAUUUCCUAAUACAUAUUAAAUGGACAUACCAAUAUUGUUUAUUGUUUAAUAUUAAACAAUAAUGAAGAUUUAAUUGUAUCAGGAAGUGAUGAUAAAAGUAUUAAAUUUUGGAUGAAAAAUAAUUAAUGGAUGUGUUAGUAAACAAUUACAGAUCAUACCAAUGAGAUAUUUGGAUUAAGUUUUAAUUAAUAAUCAAAUAGAAUUGUCUCUUGUGGUGGUGAUAAGUUGAUAUUAAUAAUGGAAGAAUAAGGAUAAAAUAAAUAAUGGGUUGUAAUAUAAAAGAUUACAGUUGAAUAGUAUGGAUUUCGAGUAUGCUUUAUUGAUAAUAAUAUGUUCGCAUUAUCAAACGUGACAAAGAAUAGAUAUCUAUUUUUGAGAUGAACAGUAUAAAUCAAUAGUUUA